ACAGUUAAGUUAAAGUACAGGGGUAAAACUCAAACUAAAACUUUGAUACCUGUACUUGAUUAGUUGAUCCGAACGGAUCGGAGAAACGUCUACACUCCACCGCAUUCCGUCACUGCUCCGUCGGAGAUCUCCGAUCAGAUUACGCUACACGCGUAUAAUCUAGUGGACCAAAAUGGCUAGCACAGCUUGUUUUAUGAUCAUUAGCAAAAAUGACAUUCCUAUAUAUGAGGCUGAAGUUGGGACUGCUCCGAAAAAAGAAGAAGCUGCGCAUCAGCAUCAGUUUAUUCUUCAUGCCGCUUUGGAUGUUGUACAGGAUCUUGCCUGGACAACAAGUGCUAUGUUUCUGAAAGCAAUUGACAGGUUCAAUGAUUUGGUGGUGUCUGUGUACGUGACAGCUGGUCAUACACGAUUGAUGCUGCUUCAUGACUCCCGUAAUGAUGAUGGAAUCAAAAGCUUCUUUCAGGAGGUCCAUGAGCUUUAUAUAAAGACUCUUCUGAAUCCUCUCUACCUACCAGGAUCCCGUGUUACUUCUUCACAUUUUGAUACAAAGGUUCGAGCACUUGCAAGAAGGUACCUAUGAAGGCAAAUGGGUAAAUUUAAAUUUCAGUCCUUUUAAUUGCAACCAUUACCCCAUCUUAAUGCUGGUUCCAACUUCUCUACAAGAUGUCUGCCUACACUACACUUUGCUGAAAUUAUUGUUUUUCAUGGGUUAUGUAAAAGUGUAUGUUUUUUUUUUUUGUAUUCUGGCUAAUUAUAGGACAUGGCCUUUUGUUUGUUAAAUAAUGAUAGAUUUUAAUAAAAAAUUGUAUUGUUUAGCAUAUUAUGUUAAA